AUGGCUACAUCGGACUGGUCAACCCAGAGCAUACUCAAGAAGACCUUCGUUGAACCAUUUCGACUCCAAAAGUUGAGGCGCAAGUCUACCGCGCCCGCUAGUCCCCCCGCAACACCCGAUCAGGAUGACCCAUUGGGAGCCUUACCUUUGUUACAAUAUGACUCCCUAGACCCAAGAAAGAAGAGUGUUAGGCUUCUGGAAAUAUCACCAGCGCCGGAAUACGAACCUAUACAGGCGACUCUGUCCGUUUGUGACUUGGACGAUAAGCCACCCUUCAUCGCGCUUUCGUAUACGUGGGAUCCUAAAGAGGGCGAGAAGAAAUACAUUAACAUUCAAGGAUCCAAAUUUGCGGUAGGGGUGGGUUUGUGGAGUUUCAUACAGCAGUACCGCAGGAAGCAGUACCUUCGACAGUGUUGUGAGAAAGAUCCAGCCAAGGCCUUACCAUUAUGGAUUGAUGCCAUCGCAAUCGACCAAAAUAACAUACCUGAACGCAAUCAUCAAGUAUCUCUCAUGCGAGAUGUAUACACCGGAGCACAGUCUGUCAUAGUCUGGCUCGGCCUUCAACAGGGAUCCGAGGAGUUGGCUUUCAUGCUUGCGCGCCAUCCAGACCUCCUCAGAAUAGAAGAGUUUCACACCGCUCUUGCUGAUGUCCUCAACAAACCGUAUUGGAGUCGAGUAUGGGUGGUUCAGGAGUUUGUUUUGGCACAGUCCGUCGAAAUAUGGUGUGGCGACCUCCAGGUAGAUGCUGCGACAGUCGAAAGCAUCUGGCGCAAUGGCCUUGCGUCAACACCAGUGGCCUCUCCAACGAACUUGAUCUACACAAGUCGUGGCUACAAAUUGUUCAAACACCGGAAGGAUUUCAAGCGCACGAAGCAUUACAGGAGAGAGGUGCUGGGUCGCCGCAACAGCAAGACUCUAAAAUCCACGUUUCGCUUGCGUGAUCUCUUGCAAGACUUUGCAACAUCGGAGAGCUCUGUAGUGUACGAUAGGGUCUACGGAUUCUUGGGAGUUGCAUCGACUGGCCGUGGAGAGAAGAUCGUGCCGGACUACAACAAAUCGCCUGUCGAGCUUUUAGUCGAUGUGCUUCGCAACCAAUGCCACGAAGAUUCCAGAAGAGGCGAUGCAGACGACUACCGUUUCUUGACAUUCCUUAUGCAAGCGCUAGCUGUCUCACGUGAGACGCUCGCACAGCAUAUCCUGAAGCUGUGCCCAGAUCUCCAGCCACAUCUUUACACCCUAGCUGCUACGCCCUGUGUAACAGCCUCCAUUUCGUUCAUUAGUACAAUCACUGAAGUCGGUGAGUUUGUAGAUCAUGAUGAGGCUUUCCAGCGCGGAACGUGGAAGGCAUCUUGGACAACGAUCCGAUCAAACAUGCAUCCAAGAUCCUUCUCGGCCCAAGACAUCCAGGAUCUCGGCGACUAUAUCGCCAAAGGAGACGCUCAAACAUUACUGAGCUUUGCUGACCCCCACGUGGAAUACGGAAAUCCUGGUCCAACUGAGAAAGUGCGACAAGCAAUGAUCGAAGCGUCAGCGGAUCUUGUGAUUGGUGGUCUCUCCCGAGCGAUCGGUGAGCCAGGGCGGGAUGCCAGUGCCAGCUCACGGCCUGGCGACGGUGGCAGUAGGGUUGUACGCAGGAUCAUCUCCCGGAGUAUUACGGACGACGCUGCUGCACUAUACACGGCUGCUAGGACUAAGUUAGCCCGGCGCAAUACCGAUCAGCGAUACGCACGGUAUACGUCCUUCGUUGGUACAAACGGUAUCACCGGACUGGCUUGUGGAGGAGGCCCGGGAUCAUAUGAGAUAGCAUCGGGUGACCGCAUCUGCAUGUUCUCAGGUAUCACUGACGCGAACAAUGCUGUCAUCCUCCGUUUCAAUCCCGGAGAGAAACCCAACGGGAAAUGGCUGAUAUCUGGCUUUGCAGUCAUACUUUUACCAGAGCUACGCACGCCUUCCGUGCAACGCACAGGUAACGGCGCUACGACUACGAGCAGUUUUGGCACAAGUGCGCUGAGUAGGCAGCAGGCAUCGCUCAAUGACAUGACGAUGUGCUUCCACUGCCACUUGAGUGAUCUUCUUGAGCUCCAGCGCUGCCAACUGUUGAGCGAUGUCCAAAUGAGUUUCUUGAUGGAGCAAACUUUGAGAGGUGAAGCGGAGGGAAAAACUCACCGAUGCCACCAAGGCACCAAUGAUCAGGUAGUUCUGGAAUUUGGGCUGUAA